GGAGGAAGAGGAGGAGCAGCAGCAGAAGCGCGCGGUUCCGCCGCCCGCCCGCUGAGGCCGCAGCUCCCCCGGCUCCGGCAGCAUCGCCCCCCCGCAUCCCGAGAGCAGGAUUUCCCAUUGCCAAGCCGUGGCCGGAUGGAGGAGGAGGAGGCCGCGAAGAAGAGGAAGAUGCCCCGGGAGCCCCAGGCAGACAGGGAGCUGAGCACGGAGCGCAGAGAGAACAAAUCCCCGUGGCAGAAGCUGGUGGGAGAGGCCGUUUUGAGUGGCUCCACGGGGCAGGAAUCUAAGGGGGAGGAAGAGCCCCAGAGAUGCUGCACAAGGAGGGGCUGCAAACACAGCCCAAGGAGGUCCAAAGAGGAAGGCGGCCGGAGAUCCAGCCAGAGCUUGGAGCUGGGGGUCCAUGAACAGCUUCACAAUGGGGAGAAGCCCCACAAGUGCUCAAAAUGUGGGAAGGGCUUCAGGUGGAAGUCCAGACUGAUUGUCCACCAGAGAAUCCACACCGGAGAGAGGCCCUACGAGUGUGGGGAGUGUGGGAAGAGCUUCAGAGACAGCUCUAGUCUGAUCCGCCACUGGAAAAUCCACACAGGGGAGAGGCCCUACGAGUGUGGAGAGUGUGGGCAGAGCUUCAGCCAGAGCUCCAACCUGAUUGUCCACCAGAGAAGCCACACAGGGGAGAGGCCCUACGAGUGUGGGGAGUGUGGGAAGAGGUUUCCAAGGAGCUGCAGUCUCCUCAAACAUGAGCAGAGUCACACGGAUGAGAGGCCCUUCCGCUGCCCCGACUGCGGGAAGGGCUUCCAGCGCAACUACACCCUCAUCAUCCACCGGCGCAUCCACACCGGGGAGAGGCCCUAUGAGUGUCCCCAGUGUAGGAAGAGCUUCUCACAGAGCUCUUCUUUGACCCAACACCAAUGGAGCCACCGCUAAGGGAAGCCCUGCGAGUGCCCCGAGUGCGGGAAGAGCUUCGUGCGCUGCUCCAGCUCCAUCCCCCGUGGGAGGAUCGGCGUUGGAUGAUCCCCAGUGACCCCCGUUGGGCAGAGCCCCAGAGCUCCGUGGUGCUGGUGAUCUGUGUGGGAAGACACCAGGCUGGGGGGCUCCGCCUCUUCCUGGCUCCCAGUGGCCUUGAUUUUCUUUUCAUUUCUCUUUGUCAUUUCAAAACACCCAAACCCGGGGUAAAAAUAAAGAUGUUGAACUAAGACAUGGAUGGGGACG